CAAAUUGAAUUGGGAGAUAAGGCGUUGUAGAAGAUCGAGCUCAGCAUAUUGAGCCCAGCCACAAACGCGUAGAUUGACAGUGGAUCCUAACAGCAGCGUGGUGUCUGCCCACUGUGUUGUGGUGAAGACGGAAGUGAUAGGCGGACUUCCCUCUGGCCAACAAUACAUUCCUUUUGGAAACAGUUAAAGGAACACACCGCCGCUUGCCCAGACAUGUCUACUGCAUACAGAAACAGAAUACAGGAGUUCAAAGUAGCCUUGAGUGAAGAAAACAUAAACUUGAAGACUCUGAGGGAGCUUUGCUUCAAUGGAAUCCCAUUUGAAGGAGGCAUUCGAGCACAAUGCUGGAAGAUCCUUCUUAAUUACCUACCUGUUGAUCAGAGAUUAUGGGAGUCGUUCCUCAAAAAGCAGAGGGAUGUUUACUCCCAGUUCUUAAAAGAAAUGAUCAUCCAGCCUGGUAUUGCCAAAGCCAACUUGGGCCUUUCCAGAGAAGAUGUGACAAUGGAAGACCAUCCUCUAAAUCCGAACCCAGACAGCAGGUGGAAUACCUACUUCAAAGAUAAUGAAAUUCUCCUACAGAUUGACAAGGAUGUAAGGAGGCUGUAUCCAGACAUGGCAUUCUUCCAGCGUCCUACUGAAUACCCUUGCCAACUUAUCUUAGAUCCUCAAAAUGAUUAUGAGACGUUGCGUCGACGAGUUGAACAAACAACCCUUAAAGCACAAACUGUAAACCGCAACCGCAGUGGAGUUACCAAUGUCAGCUCUCCUGGAAAGGCGUUAAACUUGUAUCCAUCCAAUGAAUAUGAGGUGUUGCCCAAUGGGAGUGAAGCACACUGGGAGGUGGUGGAGCGGAUCCUCUUCAUCUAUGCUAAACUCAACCCUGGGAUUGCCUAUGUACAGGGCAUGAAUGAGAUUGUUGGGCCAAUUUACUACACUUUUGCCACAGACCCCAACAGUCAGUGGAAAGAGCACGCCGAAGCCGAUACGUUCUUCUGUUUCACCAACCUGAUGUCUGAGAACAGAGACAACUUUAUCAAGAGCCUGGAUGACUCUCAGUGUGGCAUUACCUACAAAAUGGAGAGUGUGUACUCCAUGCUCAAAGACAAAGACCUGGAGCUCUAUCUCAAGCUGGAAGAGCAGAACAUCAAACCUCAGUAUUUCACAUUCCGCUGGCUGACCUUGUUGUUAUCUCAGGAGUUCCUCCUGCCAGAUGUCAUCCGCAUCUGGGACACGCUGUUUUCUGACGAGGACCGAUUCCACUUCCUCAUCCUGGUCUGCUGUGCCAUGCUCAUACUCAUCAGAGAUAGUUUAUUGGCAGGAGACUUCACAGUGAAUAUGAGAUUACUGCAGGAUUAUCCCAUCUCAGAUGUCCACACCAUCUUGACCAAGGCCAAAGAGCUGCAGGAUAACUCCUAACCUGUUCACUCGUGUCCUCCUGUCUUCUCUGCUCAGAUGUGGUAGGUGGGAGCUCAAACAUUAGACACAUUGUCAUGUCAAACAUGUAUGAUGAGAGGACCUGAUCAAUAAAGAGCCUAGACAGAUGUGUUGGGAAAACCAGCACACUGCUUUUUAUCCUGAUGUCUGAUGUUUGGUCAGUGGGGACUGCUGUGAAAACCUGGAGGACUUGCUGCAACUAUUGUUUCCUCAAAGUGAGGAGGAGAUUCUACUUGUUUCUUGAUGCUUUAUGGGAAAAGGCUGCCUUGGUUCAUGGUCCUCCUCCUCUCACAGCCAUCUCUCCCACAGAAACUUGUGCUUAGAUAAUGGUGUUUGCACUGAACAUCUGAGAGAGAGAGCCACAUUAGACCUACACUACCGAUGUUAGUUUGUCAUGAAAACAUUCUAAACUGGAGCCAAGAGUUUAAGAAAAAUCCCACUGAGAUCAUGUAUGUAGUGAGUCUGUAAUUGGGUUGAGCAACAGUGCAUGUUCUUUAAGGGUUUUUUUUUUAAUUUUUAAAAGCUGAACAUUUUUAAUUUAAGAAACAUGUAUGCCUUAUCUGUUUAAUGAUGUGAAAGAGGAGACAGUAUUUCAGCAUAUAUUUUCUGUCUGGUAAAAUAAAUUAAAGUUAUGGACCUGGCCUGUUUAAUAUUGUGUUUGUAACCUUCUAAAAAGCAUUAUGUCUCAACAAUGCCUUUUGGCCCACUGGAAAUAUAGAUGAAGUUCUUUGUAAAGUCAUAUUACUUUGACAGAACAAAAUUGUGGUGUUUUUCACAUAUUAUUUGCUGAGCUUUUUCUCCAACCUGGGUUUACAUGUAUCACUACACAAUGUAUCACAUUAAACAGUAGUUUAAUGCAAUUCUUAACACUGCAGCCAUGGUGAAUCAUUCAGUGUGACUGACUAGAUAAUGUGAGUUAUUUUCAGGUAGCAGCAUAGCAUCCUCAUCUCUCUUCAUAAUUCAUACUCAUGGCUGUAAGGCUGCUGGCUUCUGCUCUUACUAACCGGCAGCAAUUAGACUCACUAUGUCUGAAAUGUACCACUGUUAGUGUGACCAGUACAUUAACACAUCUAAGUGUUUUUCAACAAUAGUAUAAGAAACAGAAUUUUAAAAUGUGAACUGAGCUUUAAACAGAGACACACUUGUAAAGUUUGAAAUUGGCAGAAGUUUUAUUUAAAUGAUGAACUAUCUGAACAGAGAAUAACUAUUACAAAUUUCAAUAGGUAGUCAAUGCCAGCUUAUGAUACCUAAGCAUGACACACAAUAACAUCAUGUUUUUUUAAACUAUUAAUUUGAUAUUUAGCUUGAAAAACCUCCCCCUUACUGUUACCCUUUUAUCUGUUUGCUGAAAAGUCAGUAACAGUGGAGUAGGUUGGAGUAGUAGGACUGAACACCACAGUGCAGUUGCUCUUCUAAAUACAAAUCCCAUUUCACACUAGAAACAGGCCUGCAGCUGAUUGUUUUUUAGGAAAUUAAAUCCUUGUUAACUUUGGAUUUAAGGCUAAAAUAGCCCUGGGGGUUAAUGGUACAGAUGAACCUUUGGUUAAAGCUGAUAAUGUUCAGUGUGAAACACCAGCACAGCUUUACAGAAUAUAUUGAUUCCUGUUACUUUAUUAUUUUAUCAUGUGUAAUUCAACAAAUCACCCACCAUUUGAUCUGUGUGGCAGAUUUGUCAUGGCUUUGGAUUAAGUACAGGUUCUAAUUUCAGUGUAAAAUUGCGUUUUCAAACUACUACUGUUGAAACUGCUCCAGUAACCAGCUUGUAACAUGGUAAUAAGGUUAAUCUGAAGGAAACAAUUGUAAUCUCAAUCAACAAUUUAAAAGCUGAAAUGAUGUUGAUGAUGCUUUUUGAAUCAUGUAAUGCAUACUAAUGUGUAGGCAUUCUAUGUUCACGUUAAAAUGAACCAGGAUGAAACAGGAAUUCAUGCUGAAGAGGUCACAGUAUCUCACUCAGUAUCAUUCUAUUUUAUGACCCUCAUAUACAUGCCCACAAUAGUAAGAGACACCAUCUCCAGGACAUAUAUGUAUUUUUUUUUUAUAUAUUUUUUUAUUAACACUCCGUAAAAGUGGGAUGGGGCAUUAAAAUUCUUGAUCUACCCUGUCUGGUUUUUCUGCUACAGAAGAUUGAAUCAACUCUUACUUGUCCCAGUCAAAACACACUAUCGUAGUCUUGAAUAUUGUUGAGGGCUGUGUGUGUGUGUGUGUGUGUGUGUGUGUGUUGGUUCUGUUUAUGGUAAACACACAGUAGGUAACAAUACAGCGCUUUUAAAAUGUAUUAAUAAGCUGCUCAGAGAAGACAUCUGAGUCAUUCUGUGUCACAUUAGACAGAAUCCAGGAAAGUGGUUCCAGCACUGUCCCAGAUUUUGUUCAGCUUUUGUCUUUAAAAUGUUUGGGUCCCAAAACUAAGGCUUGUAAAAUAUAUUUUGUUUAUAUUAUUGUAUUGUAUUUUUCUAUGUUUUUGGCUCUUGAUAUUUUUCUUCUCUUAAAAAUGCUUUAUCUGGGAAAACAUGUUUGGGUUUUAAUAUCUUAAAGAGUUAUUUGUAGCCUCAACAGACUGUAGGAUGGAAGACAAACAUGUUCUCAGUAUGACUGAACCAUUAAAAGCCUGUACUACAUGUCUCUUGAUUUUCUGCUGUUUUUGAGGCAAGAAAAAUGAAAUAAUAUCAAGGGCUGAAAAAUAUGAAAACAUAAGAUUUGAACAGAAAUAUUUUACAGGUCAUGGGACCCCUUCAUGAUGUAGACAUGGUCUGAACAAAAUCUGAGACAAUGUUACAACAACCUUAUCUGAUUUGACAAAGAAUGACCUGUUUAUUUGUGGGAGGUUUGCAUCAGAGAUGCUCUUUCAUUAAAACUGCUAAAAUUGCUCAGCAUCCCAUAACAAAUCAGAAUUGAUGUUAUCCUCUGUCGCCAAAAACUCUGCUGGUGCUGGCAAAUAAUAAGAGUUUUGCAUUCAGCUUUCUUGUGUGUUUUUUGAGUGUAGGAGAAACUGAAACAUCUGAAAUCCAGAUGGGAGACAGUUUCAUAUUAUUUCCUCCGUAGGCUCUGUGCCUCAGCACAUUCAAUCUGAAAGGAAAUAAUGGAUACUACAUUAAAGCAACAUGUUGACGUCAGUAUCAAAAGUAAUGUGACGGAAGCCCUUUGAACACAUCGUGCCUAAAGUUCAGAGGUUCAGAGGUUCAGAAGUCACUGGACAGAUUCACAUGAAGUCAGACAAAAUCAACAUAAUUAAUAUUUUGUGGAAAAUCCUUUUUGAUCCAUAGGCAUCACCAUAUGCUGUGUUUCCUCCCUGGUAAUGCUCUCCUGGGCCUUCAUUCCAGCCUUCCUCUGCUCUCGUUGUUGUGGGGUCUCUGCAUUUACUCUGGUCCUCAACAGGUGGAAUGCGAUCGAGAUCAGGAGUGUGACUCAGUUGAAGAUAUUCCACUUCUUCACCCUGAAGAGCUCUUUGGCUGCUUCGUCAGUGUUGAUGCAUUUGGCUGAAACUGAAUACAGAAUCCACCUGUAUACCUCUGUAUUCAUUCUGUUGCUUCUGUCAGUAAUGAAAUCAUCAGUAAAAGCCAGUGUGCCAGUUCCAGUGGCAGCCAUACAGAACCAAGCCAUAACAGAACCAAGUGCUGAUAUGGUGGCUCUGGGUCCUGAGCUGUUUUCUUCUCUCCAUCAUUUUGAUAGAGGUUGAUUUUUAUGCCUGGACACCAGUGACUCUGGGACACGUGUCUGCUCUUUUGUGCAUAAAUUAACACUGCCCAAGAAACAUUUAGUAGCCAACUGUGCAGUUACUACUGAACGCUUGGAAUUUGGGUACUAUGUGUUAAAAGGGCUCUGACACAGUGCUUUCAGUACUGACAUACUCUAAUUAAAGCUUAGUCUUGGCACUUAAACGUAGUCUGCUUUAUUUGAUUUGAGAUUGAAUGUGAGUGGAGUGCUGGCAGACUACAUAUAGAUAGGACAGGCAGUGGCUUCAUUAAGGAUGCAGACCCCUUAAACAUCCCGUAUUUUACUCUUUUUCAAUGUUUCAUUCUAAGUUUUGAUAUUCAUAAGGAGUACAGAAUAGCUUUACCUCCUCUGCCACACUUUUCUUUGGAGCUCUAGUAAGAACAGGGUGUUUUGUGUCUGCCUCUGAACCUGAAUGACACACAGGCAGGCCAGGCACAGCUAACAGGUAGCUUGGUAAAGCUCAUUAGUAAAUGGAAAUGGUGAUUGCCACAGCUGAGGGAAAUGUUAAGCAGUCAGUGCUCAGAUGAGCUGAGCAGAAAAUUCUCUGGUGUUUCAGAGAAAUAUGACUCUCCUUUGGAAGGCUGGGCAAUGAUAUACUUGCUUCCUGACAUCUGACUGAAUGACAGUUUAGUGUUGUGUAGUUAAUAAAGUAAAACAACAACAAAAACAGGCUGGACAGUGGGUCCAGGAGACUGAGGACGGUGACUGUAUACAGUACCUGUGACAUCAAAGUUAGUGAAACCCUGAAGGCUCAUUUAGUUAAUGAAUGUCCAGAAUAUUCUGUUCUGUUUCAAAGGAGAAAGAGCAGGCAUUCUGAUGAAAACAAAAACACAUUUUGCAUUUGAAGUAUUUUUAUCAUGUGCAAAAGUGUUGGGUUGUGUGUGUGUGUGUGUGUGUGUGUGUGUGUGUGUGUGUGUGUGUGUGUGUGUGGAGGUGGAGCGGGGCGGGGCAGCGUUCAUUAUACUCUGUCUUAUGUCAGUUAUUUGCAUGAUUCCAAUUUUGUAAACACAUUUUUGUAAUGUCUCCAGUGUUAAAACUUGUAUAUAUGUUUUUACAUGUUUUCAGAUGUAUGCACAUUAAAAUGAAUGAUUAUAUGAAUUAAAUUUCUUGCAUUGUGAA